AUGCUCACGACUCUGGCUACCUUCCUGGGCCUUAAAUCUUCCAGUGGCACAAACGACGAAGGUCCCAGAAUGUCACCUAUUCAAGAUCGAGCACCCACGCCAAUGCGCCAGCCCACGGAACGCGAAAUAGAGGAGGCAAAGAAAGCAAGCGGGUUGUUCUACAACCCUCCGACGUCCGCAAGAGAUUCCUACAGCGUGAAAGAGGACCCUUAUGGAAGCAUUCGUAGUCGGAAAUCCGACCGCGAGAAGAGGAAGAGGGCCGACUCGCUGCUAGGACGACGCGAACACGACAGCGUGAAAGGAUUCAACUCUGUCGAGCAACUUCACCCCGUCUCCGCUAAUCCUGCAUCCGCCUCCCUUUCGAACAAAGCAGAUUCUGUUCGCCGCCGCGAACUGCGGCAUACCGACUUCCGGAGCACGAACCGCAGCGAGCCUCGCCUACAGGUUACUCUGGACGCUCGCCAGGAAAUCAAACUUGCUGAAAUUACCCAGCUUGAGCCUCGCAAUGGGCACGGAAGAUCCAGUCCAGUCAUGAAGGACCCGAAACCGCCAGAAAGUCAACAAGUACGGAACGGCGCAGCACCAACACCGACAGCAAAAGGCGACGAGCCUCCACUCCGGAAGAUCAAGUCUACUGACGAGAAACCGCCUGUAUCUAAGGAUGCCAUCAUAAUCCGCGGCCGGUCGGCGACUAUCAGUGUCCGAGCCCCAGAGCCAGCGCACUGCGGGAUCGUCGCCCGAGGCAAUUCUGUCGGGAGAGGUAGGGCUGGAUCUGUCGUGCGUCGAGUUGGGACACCAGUGGAGAGCGUACAACAAGCUUCGGGCGAUACUAACAGCGAACGUUUCAAGAGGAAGAGGGAUCCAUCCGUCACACGGGAGGGCCAAAUAACGGACUUGAAGACGCAUAACGACUCCUUGACGAAGCAGCUCGCAGCUGCUCAAGACGAGCUCGUGAAGUCCAAGGGUAGGAACAUCGAACUCCAGAAAAGUAUCCACGCAUUGCAAGACGAGAAGAGCCGGAUACUUACAUCAACAAACGCCGCGUUGGCGAAGGAACGAGACGCUCAGGCGAGGGCUGCUCAGCUAGAGGACAAGCUUCGGAAGCAAGAAGAAGAGACGGGCCGCCUGAAGGAUCUCUUGAAAGUCGCCGAGGAACGUCAACUUCAGACGAGCAACCUCUUGGAGGUUCGGUCGGCUGACCUCAAAGGUGCCCAGACGUUCCUGACAACAGCAGACCAGUAUUCUGGUUCGGACAUUAUUGCGAUGGUCGAAUCUUUGAACGCAGAGAUUUUCCAGACGGCAGCGUUCAUAGCAGAGCUAAUGGAGAACGCCUCACUCGACGCGAUCGCGACGCAAAGACAAAAUCUGGGAAAAUAUAGCGACGUUCUGCAGCAUUCACGCCAAUACAUUGGGGAGGCGCUCUUUGCCCAUCUUACCAAGAAGCCUCUAGAAGUCCAAACGGAUCCGCUACCACUUCAGCUAGCGUUCCAGACAAUUUUGUCCUUUUGGUGCUCGAGCAAGGCACGGGCGUUUUGCCCCGGUGCCUUCGGUGACGAGCUCUAUAGGUUAUACGCCAAGAUACGAGAGAACGAACUUCAAGCCGUAGCUGGUCGCUGGAGAGCGAUCACAAACAGUCAGAUUCCAACCCAGGGACAGCACAGUCACGCAGACCACGUCCUCGAAUGCGUCCUCAGUCUUCUCCACUAUUGCGGCUGGCAGACAAGGGCAGCACACAACCAAAAGACGAUCCUGUCUAUGCAACAGAUGAUACAAGGGAUCGAGAAGCAAUGCAUUAACCUGAAGAAUGCAACGAAAGAGGGUAUCACGACCGCUGACAUGGAGGUGUUCAUCGGACAAACGGGAUGCGGCUUCGACGAAGAAAUCAUGGAGGACAUCUACGCAGAACCUGGGCCUGGAGGAUCUAGACCGGGGAAGGGCAUUCUUUGUGCAGUGGGGAUUGGCUUGCGUAGGUCGACGAUGAAGAAAUCAGAGGGGGGUAUUUUGGAGAACCAGACCGACGUCUUGACCAGGAUGAAAGUCGUCCUUGAUUCAGUUAUCUUCGACCACGGCUCCGCAUCGACUGUGCCCCCACACGCCCAGGAUGGAAAGUGA